CUCCCUGACAAGUAGGGCUCUGUCUGCUCGUGGAAAAGAAACGGAAGCGCGCGGUUAUUUACGUUAAUCUGCUAGAUUUUUAAUUUCGCGUUUUGAAGAAUUCUACAGACUUCAAACGAUUUAAAACGGUUCGAAUUUGCAUUUCUAACCUUAAAUUCGGUCCGCCUGCACCCUAAACGAGACCGCUAGCCGUAGUCACACGCAGUUAGCUUGCAUGCUACAUAACAAGUUAGCUUACAUGCUACAUAACAAGUUAGCUAACGUUAUCCCACCACCGACGAUCAGGUCCCUGCCCCUUCGAUGAACAUGCCAGGAGCGGGUGGUGCAAACUAGCGUUAGCUAACGCUGCUAAAACCGGUUCAGCGUCACCGGUGCUCAUUAGAAAAAUUGUGCCAACGGCUACAGACAAUAAUGAGAAACUUAAAUCGGUUUAAAAGCUAAAGUAAAGUUAGCCAGCGUUUAUACUGACGUUACUUUAGAGUAUCAAACCCUGCUUUAACGGCGUAAUUUCGCCUUACAUUAUUGCACAUUAAAUCCGUGCCGUUAGCUUCGGCUAUGCCGCAGCUCACCUGGGCGAAAGCGGUUGUGCUCAAACGUCUUCCAAACGGGUUACACGGCGUCACAUUAGCCGAGUAGCUACGCAACGUUAGCAUCGAGCAUUGACAGGUCGGCGAGGCAGGCGAACCCCUGCGCGCCGUGACCGCCGCACUGCCCCCUUCACACCAUUCAAUGAGACGGGACGGAUAGCGGCGAGAGGAAAGACGAGAGGCGAUGACAGCACUACCAGACACGGAAGAUGCCAGUGAGACGGACCUCGCCAAGCACGACGAGGACGACUAUGUGGAAAUCAAAGAGCAAAUGUACCAAGACAAGCUGGCAUCUCUGAAAAGACAGUUGCUGCAACUACAAGAAGGGACGCUGCAGGAGUAUCAGAAGAGGAUGAAGAAGCUCGACCAGCAGUACAAAGAGAGGCUACGAAAUGCCGAUCUGUUUCUCCAACUUGAGACGGAGCAGGUGGAGAGGAAUUACAUCAAGGAGAAGAAGGCAGCGGUCAAAGAGUUUGACGAUAAAAAGGUUGAGCUGAAGGAAAACUUAAUUGCAGAGUUGGAAGAGAAGAAAAAGAUGAUCGAGAACGAAAAAUUAACAAUGGAGCUGACAGGCGAUUCGAUGGAGGUGAAACCCAUCAUGACCCGGAAGCUGAGGAGACGGCCCAACGAUCCCGUCCCAAUACCCGACAAACGGAGAAAACCUGCACCAGCUCAGCUAAAUUAUUUGUUAACAGAUGAUCAGAUUAUGGAAGAUUUAAGAACACUUAAUAAGCUUAAAUCACCAAAACGACCAGUGUCUCCCUCGUCCCCGGAGCACGUCCCCUCCGCCCCCAUGGAGAGCCCCUCCCAGCGCUACGAGGCCCGCAUCGAGGAGGGGAAGCUCUACUACGACAAACGAUGGUACCACAAGAGCCAGGCCAUCUACCUGGAGUCAAAGGACAACACAAAGAUCAGCUGUGUCAUCAGCUCAGUGGGGACCAAUGAGAUCUGGGUGAGGAAGACGAGCGACAGUACGAAGAUGAGGAUCUACCUGGGACAGCUGCAGAGGGGAGCGUUUGUCAUCCGUCGGCGGUCGGCUGCAUGAAAUACCCCCCAUCUGUCCAUCCAUCCAUCCGUUGUCUCCAUAUUCACCGGAUCUCCCGUUUGGCCUGUUAUUCUGUUCACUACCCUCCAUUACACACAAACACAGUAUUUUGUGGCCAAGUACGUCCCUCCAGAUUGUAUCUGUAUUCCCACAUAAACCAAAUCGUAACUCAAAGGUAACUGACUGCUUCCCAGCAUUAUUCGUCACUGUGUGGCUCGCCUGAGGCAGCGGUCAGUGCCCCCCACCCAAUUCUGUCCUCUUCGCAUUUAUCAUUAAGUUAUUUUUCUGCGACAGUGUCACUUUGACCCACAGAAACGGUCAUCAAGCUUUUUAAAGUAUCUCGCCGGCGACGUGUGACAAAGUAACCCGGGGAAAGAGAAGAGCUUUGGGUGAUCACCAUGACGACCAUGAACGCUUUGACCGAAGGAGUCACACUUUCCGUGAACCAGAAGUCCGAGGUCAUUUAUUUUUAAACAAAGCCUUUUUUUUGUCGUUGAGAAAUAGCCGAUGAUUGUUUUUCUUGAAAGCCCUCUGUAUAAAACCCUAGUUUCCUUUUUUGUUUAAAAAAAAAAAAAAAAAAAAAGUGUUUCUUUUGAUCCCCUCUGAACAAGUUUGGCUGUAUUUGCGUUCGGAGGAAUAAAUUGAUUUGUACCGUCACAUUUUAUUAAAAUGUUUUCUGAAUUUAA